AUGGCUUUAAAAGCAGCUCUUUAUCGUGGUCCAAAUGCAUGCUCUGUACAUACAUCAUCACCAAGUUUUUCACCAUCAAUAUCAGAAGGAGCAGCUACACCUAAUUCAACAUUAAGUCACCGUCAUCAUAAAUAUUUUUCAAGUGGUGGGAAUUUUUUACAUCAUCAACCACCAUUUCCAUUUUUUUCAUUAUCAGAUGAAGAAGCAACUGAACGUGAAAUUGGUGAUAUUGAAGAAACUGAACGAAGUUAUAGUUUACCACCAUCAUUUCUUUCAACAACAAAUAAACGAGUUAAUCGUAGACAUCGACAUCUUAAUAUUAAUAAUUUAAUUGAAAAGAAAUAUAGAAAAAUUAAUGAUGAUAAUAAUAAUUUAGAAUUAAUUAAUAAUAAUAAUAAUAAUGGCAGUAAUAAUAAUAAUAAUAAAGGAUCAUACCAAUGUCAAUUUUGUGAUAAAUCAUUCCCACGAUUGGGAUAUUUAAAAAAACACGAACAGAGUCAUGCUGAACAUUUACCAUUUAAAUGUGAAUAUUGUGCACGUCUAUUUAAACAUAAACGAUCACGUGAUCGUCAUACAAAAUUACAUACCGGUGACCGCCGUUAUCGUUGUCCACAUUGUGAGGCAGCUUUUUCAAGAAGUGAUCAUUUAAAAAUUCAUAUGAAAACUCAUGAUAAUCAGAAACCAUUUCAAUGUACAAUCUGUAAUCGAGGAUAUAAUACAGCUGCUGCUUUAACAUCUCAUAUACAAAAUCAUAAAAAACAAGCAGCUCUCAUGGGUACUGGUUUACAACCAUUAAAUUAUAGUCCACGAUCAACUGGUUCAACAUCAAGUAGUGCUGGUAGCCUAUUUGGUAUGCGACAUCAAAAAAGUCCAUUAUCAAUGUCUGGUACUGAUUAUGGUAGUAAUACUGGCAGUCCAAUACGUAAUGAUUCAAAAUUAUCAAUGCAUCAUCAAAAUUUAUCAUGUUUAUAUUGUACACAAAAUACAUUUAAUGAUUUAGAACAAUUAAAUAAACAUAUGCAAACAUGUCACAAGGAUAUACAAUCAUUAUCAACUGGAAAUCUAAAUAAUGAAUCAUUACCAGCCUUAACACCAAUUCCAUCUACAAUGUUAAAUUUUCCUUUAAGUUGUGAAUAUUGUACAAUGAAAUUUACAAAUAUUUCUACAAUGUUUCAACAUAUGAAAACAGCUCAUAUUGAUCAAAUGAAAAUUUCAAAUUUUGAACAUUUGGAUAAUUUAUCAUUUGGCUUUCACGGAAAUUUCAAUCAAUCAUCACCGAAUACAGUAUCUCAACCAUCAUCAGCUACCGAUUGUUUUGGUGAUAUUAAAAUUAAAAAAGAAAGUCCAAGCCCAAAUUCAAACAAGCAAUCAUGCGGUGAUAAUAGUAACACAUCGAAUACUGGUGAAAAAGAUGAAAAUUUAAUUCAAUUAAGACCAACAGAUUUAAGCCAACCAAAAAAACAUUCAAAUCAAACAACGAAUAAUAAUGAAUUACAACCAAAAGAUAUUUCGCCUAAUGAUAAAUUCUUUCAACGAACUUUCUUAUGUAAUCAAUGCAAUGAGGCUUUACCUGAUUUUCAUUCAUUCAGAAAUCAUUUAAAAUUGCAUAUAACACAAAAGAUGGGUAUGAUUUGCCAACAUUGUGGUGUUACAUACCAUGAUAAAAAUGAAUUAGAUCGUCAUAUAAUAUCACAUUUUUUAAUAGCAACAUCAGAAUUUAAUUGUUCGAAAUCAUGCAAGAAAACUUUUACGAAAGUUGAUGAUUUAAGAACGCAUUUAUUUGAACAACAUUCUCAAGUUGUGUACAGGUGCACAUUAUGUUCAGAAGUUUUUGAUACAAAAAUUGCAAUUCAAGUACAUUUAUCAUGUACUCAUGUUAAUGAAGUAAAAACUUAUCAAUGCUCAGCAUGUAUGAAACAAUUUCGAAAUGAAGAAGAUUUUUCAAUUCAUGUAAAAAGUCAUUUGGCCCCACCGAACGGUUGUAUACAAUGCAUGUUUUGCCGAACUAUUUGUACAUCUCAAUUGGAAAUGCAUUUUCAUUUAGCAGCACAUGCGCAACAAUUUCGAUGUCCUUCUUGUCCAGAAACAUUUCAAGUUGAAUUUCUUCUUGAAAGACAUAUACAAACACAUCAUUCAAUGCGUAAAGAUACAAUAAAUCAUCAUCAUCAAGAUUUAAUUAAUGGAUCUAAACAUUUGCUACAAGAAGAAUCAGAUCAGUAUGGUGCAUUACAACAGCAACAGAGACAAUCUCCAAAUAAUUAUCCUCCAAGAGGAAAAAAUAUAUUUCAAAUUCCAAAUUCAAUUGCUGUAAAACCAAAUAACAAAUUUUAUUCUCCAUUACAAGUAAAUACAACCACAAAUAACAAGCAACAUUUAAAAUAUGGUUUAAAUCAAAGAUUUGACACAAAAAAAUCGCUUUUAAAUUUUAUGUACAAUAACUAUCAUCAUCAUAAUCAACAGCAUCAGGAAGAAAAGAUUAACAAUGAUGGUUUUCCUCAUACUCCAGGAUUCUUAUUAAGCCCGACAACUUAUUUUGAUAAUAAUUAUGAUAACAUGACAGCAGCAGCAGCGGCUGCGGCAGCUGCAGCAGCGGCUGUAGCAUCAUCGAAGCGUAAUAAUCUUUCAACAUUAGAAAAUCCUUCAACUAGUAAAACAGGUACACAAUCAACUUGCAAUGAAAGAAAGCAGAUUGGUUUUAGUUGCGGUAUGUGCGAACGUAAUGAUUUUCGCACCGAAUCUGAAGUUAAUACACAUCGUAAAAUUGUACACAACUUGAAAACUGGUGUUAGUCUACGUUGCGCUUAUUGCAGCGGUAACUUUAAAUCUAGAAGCGAAUUAGAACAUCAUAUGAAAGCUUGUCAUAAUUCUAUGGGCAAACAUAAAUGUUUAAUAUGUGAUGAAAUAUUCCCAUCACCAGCUAUAUUGGCUGAACACAAACUUCAGCAUUCCAGAGUAGGACGUUCAGGAAAAUGUGUUCAUUGUUCCACUCCAUUAAAUGAUAUUGCAACAUUCAAGUUACAUUUAUCCAAACAUGUUACAACAAAUAAAGAUCCAAUACCAAUACAAUGUAUUUGUUGCCGACAAACAUUAAAUUCUGAUUUUGAAGUUGAAUUGCAUGCAAGGUAUCAUACAAAAACACCAAAUGUUCCAGAAAACGGCUGUGUACUCUGUUUAGAGCCAUUGCCUCCUACAGCACAAACACGUUUAUGUGAAAAGUGUGAUCUUAAACAUAAACUUAAUGUAACUGGUGCUGGUACAACAUCUUCUUCAGUAGCAUUAGCAACUGGUAUUAUUAAUAAUGCUAGCGCAGUUGCUGGUGCAAUUCGAUUUACAAAACCUCAACAAAAUUAUACAGAAUUUUUAGAAAACAAAUGUCAUUUAUGUAAAAUAAUUUUACCACAUCAACAACGACUUCAAGAACAUCUUGUAGAGCAUACAUUUGCCGGUUGUGAAGAACGUGGCUAUUCUUGUUAUAUAUGCUCUUCAGUAUUUACAGUACCUGGUGGUCUUUUAAAUCAUAUGAGUGAACAUGGUCAAAAUGCACGACCAUAUGAUUGUAAUAUUUGUCAAGAGAAAUUCUUUUUUAGAGCUGAAUUAGACAAUCAUUUAUUUAAACAUCAAUUAAAUGAUUCUAGUGAAUUUAUUGAAAAAACAUUACAAAUUCAGUCAUCACCUAUUGAUAUGAUAAAAACAAAAGAAAUUAAAAAUUAUUCACAACAAAUACAAUCCCAUCAUCAAUCUAUAAAUGAAGAACAAAAAAAUCGUAACUUAAAUGAUUUAAUUAAAGGUGAACGUAAACAACAUGAACAUGGUAAUUCUAAUAAUAAUGAAGAAAUUAUUGAUAAUAAUAAUGAAGAAGAUGAAUAUAUUGAAAUCGAAAAAUUAGCUGAAACAUCAACGACUCCUCAAGAGAAUUAA